UGUUUGUCCUUUGGGGGUCAAACUCGACAAGCCGGUUGUAUAGUACGGUUAGGCUCACGCGGGCCAGGGUCACAGUCCACAAUUCUCUCUCUCCACAUAACUUAAUCUCCGCCUAGCUGGUUAAUAACUACCUCAACUAGGUGUAUAUUAACUCCAGGACUGCUGGCGGUAAACUUGAAAACGUGGGAUAGUCCGAAAAGGGACGAGGUUUCGUCGUGAAGCUGACCUGAGGUACUCGGGAAAUGUCGGGCGAUUCCGGAACUAGCGUGGACGGCCCGAAGACUCCACAGGGCGUUUUCUACACCAAGUUGCCCCACCUGGUGAACUCUACGGGACAGUAUCUAUUCUGCAAGUACUGGGAACCACAAGAGCAAGAACCAAGGGCUCUGUUGAUGAUUGUCCAUGGAGUCGCCGAACACUGUCAGAGAUAUGAAGAACUCGCAACAGAACUGAACAAAGAGGGAGUACUGGUUUUUGCACACGAUCAUGUCGGGCACGGCCAGAGCCAGGGUCACCCUGCUGACAUCAAGAGUUUUGACGAGUACGUUCAGGACGUGUUGCAGCACGCCGACAAGAUGCGAGCCGCGCACCCCGGGAUUCCGCUCUUCGUAUUCGGACACUCCAUGGGAGGAGCAAUUGCCACCCUAGCGGCAAUGGAACGGCACACUCUAUUUGCAGGGGUGGUGCUAUCGGCCCCUGCCAUCAUUCCUUCGCCAGAAACAGCCACUACAUUCAGGGUGUUUGCUGCCAAGAUGCUGGCUUCUAUCGUACCGAGGUUUGAAGUUGGGAAAGUGGAUACAAGUUUCGUCAGCCGGGACCCGGCCAAGGUGAAAGCCUACGAAGACGACCCUCUGAUAUACCACGGGGGCCUGCGUGCUCGCUGGGCGGUGCAGAUAUUAGGCGCUAUGGACCAGAUCCGGCAGCGGGUCUCCACCUUCCAGUCACCGCUACUAGCCCUGCAUGGCGACCAGGACAAACUCUCCCUUCCCGAGGGAUCCCAGUUCCUGUACGACAACGCCCCAGUAACGGAUAAACAGAUUAAGAUCUAUCCCGGUUUCUACCACGAGCUUCUGAACGAGCCGCAGCCUGACGCCGAGACGGUACGGACAGACAUCGUGACUUGGGUAACGGAGCGGAUAGAGAGCGAGAGCGUCCAACAUUGACACCAUCCUCGCCAGACUACAGUGUAGAACACCCUUAAGG